GACUCUGGAAAAGUGUUCCAGCAAGCAGCAGCAGCAGCAACUGGCACGGAGAAGAGAACGUUCGUUCAUAACGAUAUAUCUAAAUAUAUAUAACUAUAUGUAUAUUUAUAUAUAGAUAUUACUACAAACUUUAAGUGAAACUAAUCGGUGUCGAGGCGCCAGAAAGGGGCAAACUAGUCCGCGGGUGAGCGUGCAUUAACCGACGCGUAGUGUGAGGCCCGAGGGCUUUUCGUCAUAUCGUGUGUGCGUGUGUGUUUUGUGUUCCUACCAGGAGGGGUACCAGGAGUUUAUUGGAGCCGUUUCUUGUGCCCGGUGCUCCGGUGUGGCUUCUGUGGAGCCCCCGCACUAGUGGCAGCAACGGCAGCAGUCUGGCCCUCCAUCUACCACCACCCUCACCACCACCAUCACCACCACCUCCACGACCAUCCACAUCAUUCACCCCGUCCGCCCCGGUCAACUCCAGCACGCAAUUCGCAGCAGGCGCUGCGUCGCUGCUGCUGCCAGCCUGCGGCCAUAGCGCUCCUCGGCGCGCAGUUCUGAGCGAUAAACAACAGAAGAGGCCGCGAGAAUGGCGUCGGCCGAUCCGACUAAAUCAUUGUUUACAACACAGACGGAAAAACCGAACCAUUAUACCUACCUAAAGGAGUUCCGCGUGGAACAGUGCCCAUCGUUCCUGCAGCACAAAUGCAAUCAACAUCGGCCGUUCGUGUGCUUCAACUGGCACUUCAUGAACCAGCGGCGUCGGAGGCCCGUCCGAAGACGCGACGGUUCCUUCAACUAUAGCGCCGACAACUACUGUCCUAAGUACGAUGAAACGACCGGAAUCUGUCCCGAUGGUGACGACUGCCCGUUCCUGCACCGUACGGCUGGCGACACGGAGCGACGGUAUCAUCUGCGCUACUACAAGACGUGCAUGUGCGUACACGACACGGACGCGCGCGGUUACUGCGUGAAGAAUGGACAUCACUGUGCGUUCGCGCAUGGUAUCCACGAUCAACGACCGCCAGUGUAUGACAUCAAGGAACUAGAGGCACUGCAGAAUGCGGACGUGACCGGCGAGGGUGGUCUGAACGGGCCGAACGUUCUGGAUAAAGAGCGCAACCUGAUGAACGAGGACCCGAAAUGGCAGGACACAAACUAUGUGCUAGCGCACUACAAGACGGAACCGUGCAAGCGGCCGCCGCGCUUAUGUCGCCAGGGAUACGCCUGCCCGCAGUUCCACAACAGCAAGGACAAGCGCCGAAGUCCACGAAAGUACAAGUACAGGUCGACACCAUGUCCGAACGUGAAGCACGGGGAGGAGUGGGGCGAGCCUGCUAACUGUGAAGCGGGCGAUAACUGCCAGUACUGCCACACGCGCACCGAACAGCAGUUCCAUCCCGAGAUCUACAAAUCAACCAAGUGCAACGAUGUCCAGCAGGCCGGCUACUGCCCGCGCUCCGUGUUCUGUGCGUUUGCGCACGUCGAACCUUACGUUGUAACGGAGGAGAUGAGCCUGAGAGGUGACCUGGACUCGCAGACGCUCGCGUUAAGUGAUAUGCUAUCCUCCGUACUACCGACGGGCGAUGGCAGUGGAGCGGUUGGUGGUGCUCCCGGAUCUUCGGUACUCAGUGCGCUUGGUGGUAAUGCUGGCUCGGUGCCACCAGGUACCGGUGCUGGCUCCAUUGGCUCCGGUGUGAAAAAGGAAGUUACCCACGAGCUAGCGAACCUCUCCUACUUUCAGUUGCUGCAGAAUGGUAGCGCGGAAAGCAGCGAAUCUGCUAGCACCAGUAGUCUCGGCUCGAAUCAUAGCUCGCACAAUAAAGCGCCAGGCGCCCAGCUGCAGCAACAGAAGAACAAUGGCGGCACCGGAUCAAACAACAGCAGCAUGCUCGGUAACAAUGGACACGGUGGUAGUGGUGGUGGUAGUGGUACAGGCCCGCUCUGUGGUCUCGGGUUGCUUAGCAAUGGUGGCGCAGGAGCGAACGGAGUGAAUGGCGGCGUACCUACCACUGGUAGCUCUCUACUGUCUAGCAUCGACUUCAAUUCCGACCUUCCUAAGCAGUUGGUUGCGAUUGAAAACGAUCUCACAUUGAAUCCACUGAAUCCUCUAGAGCGCAAACGGAUAUGGAAUCAGCUCUGCAAUAUCGGCUCUCCCUUGGAUGGUGGAAUGUCACGUUCUCUUUUAUGCACCUCCGCUGUAGUUGAACUUGGUCGACGCGAAACGAUACAUGGCUUGGAUAAUCCGAUUUCGUCAGGUCUCGCUUCGACCGGCUUGCUAGCCAGUAGCUCAGCACCCGUAAACAUUCCGGGCUCACCAAUGGGUAACUCGAUAUCGGGUUUGCUGCAAGGUACAUCGGCACCGGUCAACAUUCCUGGUAGCUCGCUUGGCCACAACUUUAGCCCAUCAUCACAUUCAAACCUGUUCGGCUUGAAUGAUCCUUUCGGCGGUCCACCAUCACACCAUCAUCAUCAUCACAUAGGCAGCGGCUCAGCGCCGAAACUCGGCAAUCGCGGCAACUCCUACGGUGGCCACAAUCACACCGACAACCUUUUCUUCCAGUCGCACAUCAUUUCGCCGGGGCUCGGUGACGGUUUAUCAGCCAGUCCGGAAAUUAGAAGAAUCACGGAGCUGAAUCCACUUAGUGGAGAGCUAGGUAGUACUACCAAUAAUCUGCUGUUUACCGAUAGCCAACACCAUCAGGUGCAGCAAUCACAGCAGCAACAACAACAACAGCAGCAGCAACAACAACAACAACAACAACAACAGCAGCAACAGCAGCACCAGCAACUGCAACAACAGCAAAUGCAGCAAGCAGCUGUCGCAGCUGCAGCGGCCGCAGCCGCCGUCGUUGCUGCCGCGAACCAAGGAAACAAACAGUCAAUGGUAAAUCAUUCAUACCCUCUAUCACCACUUGUCACCGCCACCAAAGCUGUUCAACAGCAACAACAGCAGCAGCAACAACAUCAACAACAGCAACAGCAGCAACAACAGCAGCAACAGCAACAGCAGCAGCAGCAGCAGCAGCAGCAGCAGCAACAGCAACAGCAACAGCAACAGCAACAACAGCAGCAGCAGCAGCAGCAGCAGCAACAGCAACAACAGCAGCAGCAACAACAGCAACAGCAGAUACUGAACUGGGAGGAGCACGUACUACACGCUACCAACGCCUGUGAAGCUUGGAAGGCCCAAAUGGAAGAAAGCAAUCGAAAGACGGCGAUAGCAGAGCAGCAGCGCGAUGAAGCCUUAUCGCACGUGAAGGCAUUGAAGGAGAAACUGGAACAGCUAAGCAUAGGUGGUGGUAAUAGUAUCAGCAACCAUCGGACAAACGAUCUGCGUGGCAUGUCGCUGCCGAAGCUGAAAAGUAUUCAGGCGAAACUACGAGCGGAGAUUGAGGAGGUGGAGAAAGUAUUAUAUCUCGAGACGGCCACCAAGUGCAUGAAGUGCGAAGAGAACAAUCGGUCGGUCACACUAGUUCCGUGCAAUCAUUACGUGCUGUGUGACGCAUGUGCGGCAACACAGCGCGAAUGUCCCUACUGCCAAACACCCGUGGCAUCGCAGUCGUAAAUCAUCUCUUAGCCAUCUCCACACAAACCCACAUCAUGUACCAACAACCUUCUCUUGUGGCUGACAAAAUGACCAUGAAUGAAUUAUGAUGGUAACGAGUUCCAUCCUGUUGCUAUGAACAUUUUAAGGUUCGCAAGAGCAGCCACGCAACAACAAAUACGUUAUCUGUUAGCCAUCUACGCGACAAAUCAAACAACAAAAAGUUCAAUUUAUAGUUAUAGCUUAUUAUUUCUGGUCUGCCUAGAACUUCUAGCAACAGGUUUACGGGCUUUUCAAAGACAGACAAGAAUGAAAAAAAUAAGGAAGACAAGGCAUAGAAAAGAGAGAGCAGGAGAUACGAAAAAGAGAGGGAGCGAGAAAUUACAGAACGCAUUUUUCUAUACAGUAGCUACCCACAGAGCAGUUUUUCAACAGCUUGUUCGCUUAUACAGUUUAGGAAGUUUUGUUAGAUUAAGCAGCUAAAUUAUUGAUUAUUGUACAUUCAUUUUUAAUUCAUUUGUGUUAGGUGUAUAAGAAAGUUGCUGGCCACUUUGAUGUUUGUUUUGUUAUUUUGACUUCUAUAACGAAGUAUUGCAGGAGCAGGGUCUCCAAAAAUAGUUAUCUCCGUUGGUGAAUAAUUUCUCAAUUUAUUUUUUAGCUGCAAGCACAAAAUAGCAUAUUUUUUUCGUUAAAUUGUUAUUAGCUUACUGGAAACUGUCAUUUGGCGCCUUGGAAUUUUUAUUUUGAUCCUUGUGCUGAUAUACGAUACCUAAUAUAUUGCAACUGUAAAACAGCGCCCAGACGACACACAAAGUUAUCGCGAAUACUUUCACGACCUUCAAAACACAACACAAGGUCACUGUUUACAUAUGAUUUGACAGCUCCAAAAGGUGCGGCAAGCUCGUUCUCGCUUGCUCGCUCGCUACACGUGCAUUUCAGUUCGUCGUCGUUUAGACGCCGUUUAUAAAACAUCAACAAGCGUUGGUUUACAACAUCAAUUAAGGCCCCUAUUGUGGAAAUCACGAGUCGUACUCGAUUCGAAACACAAAGUCCUGGCCAAAGCUUUCUUAUACACCUUAUACCUCAGAAUUUAAGGCAAGGCUAAGCUGGUGCCCGACCAGUAGAAUACAUUCGAAGGUUAUAUUCUAACAAUUAAGUUUUUUUCUUUUCCUAUUCCAAUAUAACUCAGCAAUCAACCUUGGAAAUGGAAUGAAAAUUUACAGAAUGAGAUAUUUUUUUAAUAGAUUGUGGCUCUCACAUUCGAAUUUCGACUAGUCGUUUCAGACCUGUGUUUUCGCGGUGCAAGUGCCUCGGCACUGCCACCCUCGCUGCGAGUCAUCUCGAAAGAGACACACAGCAGCAGGGUGGUAACGGGAAACCAAGCUAGUGGUUUAGUGGGUGUAAGUCCCACACUGUUCCUGAGGACUUUCCUCAGGUUCGUACAUUAAAGCAUGGAAAAGUUAAUACUUGGCCGCACAAAAUAGGUUAUAUCUCAACCAAAAAAUGACGUAUAAUGAAAAGAAAGGUGUCAUUUUGUAGGUUUUCUUUUUAAGUUUCCUUAUGAUAAUUGUCAAAUAGAAAUCGAUGGAACGAAAAUCCAGACAUUAUUGUGUAUUGAUAGCUUUCCCUAUGAAAUCGAUCUAUUUGAAUACAAAACAUUAACGCCAUACCUUCGGCAAAAACAGCUACCUAAAUCAUGCCAAACUUACACAGGAUCAUUGGUGGACGAAUGAAGAACAAAAUCCUUUACUGUAGACACUCUUUUCUUGCACAAAUUUCUAAUGAACGUUAAACGCUCUCAACGAAAUGGCAAAGUGACCACUGAGCGCGCUGCAAUGAUUAAACAAAAGCGGCCAAAUAUUAACUGUUCCAAGCUUUAGUAUUCCAUCUAGUUUGUCAAACGGAGAAAAAAAAACAUUCGAAUAUCGAGAGAGUGGAUAAUGAGGCUGAAGACUGGCCUAUCGGGAUAGUGGUGUGAAUCUAAUAUUGUCGUGCAGUUGAAUUCUUUCAGUAAAAAGUUAAUAACGAACGUUGUAACAAACGAUAUUUAUUAAUUAUUGUUUGUGUCAGGAGCGAGAAUUGACAAGAAGAAUCGAAUUGAAUUGAUCAACAAGACAAACAAAGAGGGAAAAUAGCGGCUAAAGGCGAUGGUAAACUAUAUACGCUAUAUACACCUAUAGACAACACUAUACCACCCUACCCAGUCCAAAAACCAGAUCAAAUUAAUAAACAAAACCCACCGUUUGUGAACUUAAGACAGAACAAAGUGCGCAAAUAGAAGCAUUACAGAACAAAAAAGCAUUAUAGCUACAUAGAAUUGAAGAAUGGUGAAAGUCACCAAUUAUGAAUUACGGCCGGAUACUACGAAAGAUAAAGCAUACAAUAGAAAGAAAAUAAUUGGAACUUUGCAUUCGAAUAUUUGAUUAUCAACUUACCAACCUCUCAAAUAUUUUUUUUUGUUCUGCAAAUCAUACCGCCAAAUCCCCUUCCUUAUUCCCCACUCAAAACAAUCACGCUAUACAAUUAAACUUAGCGGGGACAAAAUCGAAUUCGUACUUCAAAUGAAAAGCGCACUCGAUUGCCACAGGAAAAUCACAAAGAAUACAACUGAAACAAAAUUCUCAACCGAUAGAAAAUAAAACUCAUAAUAGUAGCGUUUUUGUCUGAAUACACAUGAACACGCGGGACGAUGGGACACAGUUGCAUGUCACAUGUAACAUAGUGUCUAGUCGGAAAAGAGAAAGCAAUUAAAAUGAAAUAAAUACCCUCGCUAAUUGGGAAGUUGGGAGUUCUAUGGAGUGUGGGCCGUGUAUUUAAAAACAAUCGGAUGAAUACAAAACAGCAUACCUAGCUGGAACAAGAGACGUAGCACGAACUAAAUAUGCUGGGAUGUAGAAGAUAUAAAAACAAAAAUAAAUAAAAGGUAAAUUAUAUUUAUAUUAGGAAUUUCUAAAUAUUCACUAAGCAAACUAUCUAAGGUAACAAUCAACACACAAUACAAAAACAUGUCAAAGUCGAGAAAACAAAUGGAGUGCGCGUGGGUGGGGAAUGCGUAGAACUGUGUGGAGGUAGAUUGCCUAGUCGGUUGAGUACUAUCGAACGAUUGGUAACAAAGUAAAAAGGCUUGAGUAUGACGGUGGCACCGUGUAUAGAUAUAUAUAAUAUAUAUCUAUAUAUUUUAUUUAUAUACAAUGUGGUACUCAUAUGCAAUGAAAGCAUAACACUGUGUAUGUAAAUAAUUGAUCGCUAGAAAACCACGAAGAAGAUGAUGGACGAUUGGAUGAAAGGUAGGGGAGAAUAAUGCAGAAAAUGAAAAACUAGAAAUGAAAAACCGUUAUUGUGGGCGGAUGUCAUCGGAUGGUCGCGAUGUUCAAUCUGCUCGUGAUUAGUGAAGAGUGAACGACGGUUAAACAUAUGCAUUGACCAAUAGUUCAAUCAAAUGAUGGCUAAGAAGGAAAAGCUGAGAGAUGUAAGAAGCACGCGUUUUGCGGCGCCCCUUCGAUCGAACAAUCGAAGCAUGAUCCAAAUAUUAUGUGUUUAGGGCAUUCAAACUCAUCACACCAGCGCAGCGCUGCGUUCCCAAAUGUCUCCAACGCCAGAAUCUAGGUUCUUUCACGAAAUGCCACAAAGCACCUGGUAUACACCGAAAAGUGCAUACAGACUACUGCUAUCGGGCGGAGCAUAAGGGGAGACUGCGACUGUGACCCACCCACAAGAAAUGAACGGUGCAGCAGACGAACACUUCAUUAUUUCAACGGCACACAUACCAUUUAGCAAUAGACGGAGCGGCGAGUGUAUCAAAGCGGCAGGCAGUGUUAGGGUAGUGCGUAAUGAAAUGCGAUUGGGUGUUUGUUAACUUGAGACGAAUACUAUCCACCCAGCGCGGCGGACAUUUUGUUGCCUUGCUGUAUGCUCACUAGCCAUUAUCAGCCUGAUGUAUCCAACAAUCCGCCAAGACGUUACACUCACGACAACGACGAGAGGGACGAAAUCGUACAAUCGGGUCAGGUAGUAGAUGGCACCGCUGGCUUGUGAGCGUGCGCAAAUUUAGCCGCAGGUCUCCAGAAAAAUGUUGUAAGAACAUCCAGGCUGGUCCCAAGAUCAAAACCGAACCGGAUGGACCGAUUGAUGGAGUGAUGUUGGAGGAAGCAUAUAUGUGACAAACUAUUGCUUAGUGGUUUUGGGGGUAGCGAAAACAAAAAUUAAUAACAAAAAAAAAACAAGCAAAACAAUUUAAAUACACAACUAGAAUAAUCAAUUACAAUGAUAUAUAAAUCUAUAUAUAUUAUAUAUAUUAUUUACAAUAAUAUAUGUAAUAUGUAUACAUAUAUUCUAAUAAAUUAAACUAUAUUUGAACCAACGAGGAAAAGCAAUCAACCGAUUGUGUUUGAAGCAAAAAGAAAAAAAAAACAAAUUAAACGUUAUAGAGAAACAGAAAAUGAUGAUAAAUAAAGAAUUGAUUGGAGUAUUAUGAACACACAAAGGAAUAUGGAAGGAUGGUAGUGCCGGUAGUCUGAUGUAUGUUUAAAGGCUGUAUUCCGCACGUUCGCGGUGAAAUACAGCGUCGUGCGUCACCAACCGCAUCCACUACUGGGAGUUGUUUCAUGAUAAACAAAAGGGAUAUUAUAUAUACAUAUAUAAUAACACAUGAGAAAGCUAAAGCUAAAAACAAGCAACACAACACUAUUAGGAUUUUUCAAAUUUGAUAAUAUGUAAUCAGAUACUAUAUGUUUAUUGCAAAACAAUAUAACAGAGGCAAAAAGAGAAAGCAACAGAGAGUGGGAGAUAGAGAGAAGAGAGAGAGAGAAAAUGAAAGAAUGACAGAAAGAGAGGUAAAUCACAGAUAGGUUUGUUCUGAAUGACAUAAUCGGAAUUACCAUUUAUUAGAAUUCGAAUAAAACAAACGAACAUCGCAGCAGCGUUCUUAAUUGAGCCACUCAUAAACAUCUCUCGGUCUCCAUCCACCCUGUUUUUUGGUUCUUAAUCGUUUCUCCGACUUCUAUUAAUUCCGUUUCGCUCUCUUUUUUUUUUGGCACAACUCCUCCCAUGUUACGCUCCCUCCCUCGAAACAUGCCCACAACAUGCGAAGCAGGCUAUUCCGAUAGGCUCGCUAUUCCGAGCUCGGAUUUCGGUGAUCUGAUGCAUGGCAUGGCGUGCACGAAUCCUUUCAGCAAACAGGAAUUGGUGUAGAGUAGUGAUCCUAUGUCUCAGUUGUACCAGACGUUGUCUAGGCUUACGCGAAAUAGACCCACCUAUCCAUUCACCGACGGUCAUUGUCCGUUAACCAACGUCUUACGUUCCGAUCUUACCGCGCAAGUGAAGAAGGCCUUCCGCGCUAGGGCAUCGAUUAAGGAACGUACAAUCCAAUCACGAUGAUCACGCUACCACCGAUGUCAUUGCGUUGGUAAGCGAAGCCGCGACACCGGUUACACCGUGCUGUCGGUGCUGCUUGGCCAUCUGUAAAUCCAGCAAUGGUUACAAGCCGGAAGCGAUCGUGAUUUACUAUGUAUUAUAUAACAAAUAACAAAUGCCAUUGCAGGAACUUUGUAUAAACAGUAAGAUGAUAAAGAGACAGAGAGAGAAAGAGAGAGAGAGAGAGAGAGAGAGAGAGGGAGAGAGAGACAGAGAGAGAAACCAGGCACCGAAUGAUAUUCUCAGGACGAUCUGGCCGUUGACGGUGGGGUUUUGAAGGGAUGCUGGGAGGAGAAAUGUGCUAACUAUGUGAUGGCGAACCAAACGCCAUAUUCAUAUUCUAUACAUAACAGCCGUAGGUCAUCCCAACGUUUCCGCCUAGUGGUUCUACUGCUCUUCCAGGCAGUGUCCAGGUACUAAUAGCCAGAGCUUUAUUCCCUUCACCCAGUCUUGUGUGUGUGUGUGUGAAUAUGUGUAUAUGUGUGGUUAUGUUUUUUGCAGCUCCCCUGCGUACUGCUUGCUACUUCUAGCCUCUACCUAGCUACCUGUUGAGCCUGCCUGAGCAAUACACUACCUACUGGCCCACUACCUACCACUACACGAUGUAAACCUGCGUCUGCCUACCAGGUGCAAGUAGCCAGGCAGGACCGAGAACUCUUUAGCAACGCAUCCCUUUCCCCCCCCCCCCCCCCC